AUGCCGCGCCAACGCCCCUUCUCCAAGAAGACGGCGACAACCUUCAACCUCGUCCAUCGCGCGCAGAACGACCCGCUCAUCCACGACGAAAAUGCACCGUCGAUGGUGCUGGCCGAAAAGGCUCAACCACGACGUCCCACGCAGGACGACUACGCCUACUCUGCUGCUGGCUCCGUCUACUCUGGGGCUUCCUACAAGUCUUACCGAUCGCAAAAGACGAAACAGCGAGGCGAUCUGGAAGGCGAAUUUGGACAGAAUGUGAGGAAGAAUGAGGGCGAGGCAGCACAGCACGGUGUCUUUUACGAUGAUACAUCGUACGACUACAUGCAGCACAUGCGAGACCUGGGCGGCAUGGGAAGUCAGUGGGUGGAGGCCAAGCAGGCCGAUGACAAGAAGAAGGGUAAGCAGAAACUCGAGGACAUGCUCGCGGAUAGUCUCCAUUUGGAUGACGACGGCGCCAGCAUGACGAGCAGUACAACGAGCAGUGUAGCACGAAGUCUGUUUCCCGAGGAGAUCUUGCCGAGCGAGUUCGUGAAGAAGAGGUCGUAUCAAGAUCAGCAGGAUGUGCCAGAUGAAAUUGCCGGCUUUCAACCAGAUAUGGAUCCUCGAUUGAGAGAAGUGUUGGAGGCCUUGGACGACGAGGAGUAUGUGGACGAUGACGAGGACAUCUUUGGAGAGCUGACACAGGACGGAUACGAGCUGGACAGAGACGAGUGGGAAGAGGGAGCUGAGGGACAAUUUCUCGACGACGAAGAGGAUGAGGGCUGGCAAAGCGACGACACGAUCAAAGCACCUGCAAGCCCCCGACAAAUGCCCCGAGAACUCCAAAUGCCCGACGGGGCGCAACUAGAGCAUCCUGAGGAUGUUCUGCCACCCGAGGAUCCCCUUGCCGAACCCACUGCAGAUCCCGCAGCAGGCGCAUGGGAUUUCAUGAAAGAGCACAAGGCAUCCUCUGCUUCCAAACCCCAAGCAGCAGCUCCUUCCUUCCAUGAUGCCUCCCUGAUAUCCUCUCUUGCGAGUGGUCGGCGAAAGAAGCGCAAAGGAGCCAAGACCUCUACGACCAACUACUCCAUGUCUUCGUCUGCUCUCGUGCGGAAAGAUGCACUACGAACCCUCGAUGAGCGUUUCGACAAAAUGGAAGAAAAAUACAGCCUGGAAGAGUUUCCUGAAGAAGAAGAAGAAGACGAGUACAAUGCAGACGUACAAUCCCUGGCAUCUGGUAUGACUGGCAUGGCGAACGACGCGGAAGCCCCGAAGCUUGUGAGGAGUGAUUUGGAUGGUAUGAUGGAUGAGUUUUUGAGUUCGCACAACAAGGCUGGCAAGUAUGGUCAGAGGGUGAGGAGAGGAGCUCCAAAGACUGGUAUGGAGCAGUUGGAUGAGAUUCGGCAAGGUUUGGGUGCUGCGAGGUUCGGGAGUAAGACUAAAUCGAAGAAUCACCAGCAGGUUCCGGUAAAAAUAGGGUAG